AUGGCUUCAUACGCGCAAAAUCAGAGCUUCAGGCCCUUGCAGUCGCCUGGCGGUCACGCACAAGCAUAUCAUAUACAAGGUCAUCAGCAGAGUCAUCAGUAUCCACAACAGCAACAGCAACAGCAGCAGCAUCAGUAUCAGUAUCAGCAACCGCCGCCGCCACCGCCAUCGCAGCAGCAGCGGCAGCAACAGGAAGAGUCGGGUGGUGGUGGUGAGGGCUUGCGCCGUCUCUCUUCUUUUGUAGGCCUGCCCCCCAUCCGCCGGAAUUCUACUUUUAGCGCUUCUCUUGGCCUGACCGCAGAUGAUUUCUCUCUCGAUGACCAGAAUGAACCGAAUCAGCGCCAGCAGCAGUCCAAGUUAUCAUCAUCAUCAUCAUCAUCAUCCCAGCAGCUGCAAGCCCAUCAACAGACGCAGCAGCCGCACCAAUUGCAGCAGUCGCAGCAAUCUCAGCAACCUCAACAGUCGUCUCAGCAAGGGUUUCAGGGCAAUACAAAACCCCAGAUGCUCCCGUCACAGCAAGUCAGCAUGCCGGCUGCACAUCCCGCGAUGGGCCAUUUUAUGGCUGCUUCGCAACCCACCGGGCAGUACAUCCAGAACGUGUAUCGGCCGAGCCCGGGCUCACAAGGUUCUCAGGUCUCUCAGGUCUCUCAGAUCUCUCAGGGGUCAACCCAGGGCCAGUCGUGGCAGCUGCAAGGCCAACAGCCCGCCCAAGGUUUUCCGGGUGCUGUCCCAGGCUUAGCACAAGGUCCAGCAGCCCAUAUCCCUCGGGUAAUUGCCGCUCAGCCUGGCAACCUCCCUCCCGGAAUGACUGGCCCGAUGCUUCCCAUGGGACAGCACCCGUAUGCUGUUCCCAUUGGUCCCAAUGGGCGGCCAUUGCCGCCCCAUCUGUGGCCUAAUAACCUUAUGCAGCGCUUCCAGCCUUAUGGAUGGAAAUUGGAAGAGUCGCAUCUCCAGGAGCCUCUUCAGACGCCCAAUCGGCACCGUCGAUCCCCAAGUUCAACCCAGCAACAGUCAUAUGCUCUUGACAAGGAGAUGGGACUUUCGGAGUCAUCCUCCUCAAAGCAGCGUCAGAAACAAGAACCGAACCAGACAACCCAGCAGUCCCAGCAGACUCUACAAGAUAGGGCUCAGCAGCAGAAUCCAGUUGGACCGAAUGCUUCUUCGGAAGCUUUCCAAAAGGAAACACAAGCGCCCAGUCAUCAUGACAAUAAAUUAUCUCGUGUUGAGACCCACGGAAGUGAUGUGACGGGAGCCGGUUCCACCUCUGCUGAAGGGAAGCAAAAACGGAACUCUGGUUUCUUUUCCAGUCUGCGAAGUCGCUUUGGUCAUCACACCACGGAACACCAUCGCAGUCCAAGUACAGCCCUUAGCAAUCAAGGUGCUAAUGACGAUGCCGACUCCGAAGCGAGCAUCAUGGAGGAAGCCUCUCAGCAAAAGCAGCCAGGUGCCGGACCAGGCCAAAAGGGCGCCCAAGCUCCUGCAGACAACAUCUCUUACAGCCAGAGCAAAGACAGCCUUGUUGCCCAAGCCCCAAGCACUCCUGUCAAUGAGCGCCUAACACCAGCUCCCACACCCCAGCCGGGGCCAUUGGAGAAGAAGCGGACUAAUUUGUUUGGAAUUGGUGUUCAUCUCAAGCCCGGACCAUCCGAACUUCCACCUCAACCCGGCAUGCCUCGGACGUCAACAUCGACGACGGUUAUGUCUGGCCCACCGCCUGCUGGAAGCAACCAAAAUCCUCCCAAAAAACGGUUCGCAGCCCUGAAGAAUGUCAAGGGCGUCUUUCAUCGUUCAUCACCUUCCGAUGCCCCCAAGACUGCACCAUCACCAUCUUUUGCUGUCAAACUUCCUGGGCAAGCUCAGCAGCCCCAACAGCCUUAUCCUCAUGACCAAUUACCCGGUCAGCCACUGUUCCAGACUCAGGGCCAUGGGUCCCCCUCGAACCAGGCCCCAGGACAACCACAAGUUCAAUUACAGGGACAAUCACAACCACAACUUCCUCCGCCGAGUGAACCUCAGAUCCAGCCCGCUCAAACUUCAGCCCAGAGACAACCCCAGCAGCCACAAGCUCCGGAGCAACCAGACUCCCACCCACAGCCAAAGACCAUUUCGCAGACCCUCCCUCCUCAGAAUGACACAGGCCCGCGAUUAAGCCAUGCUAGCACUGUACAGACGGCCCAUGACUCACAGCCAGCUCCACCCGCUUCUGACAUCGGUUUGCGACAGAGCCAGACCAGCACUUUUCUGCCAGGAACCGGACCACAAGUUGAUUCUGCCCCACAGUCCAAGAUGCCCAACACUCAAACUAUUCCACCCAGUCUUCGCCCGGGCGGUCCGAAUGCACAGUUUGCUCCUGGCUUACGACAGCCUAGCUACGGCUUACCCCCUUCCCAGCCUCAACCACAGUUGCCAGCUCAGAGAACCUCCAAUGCUGACCAGGAAAAGGCUCAGAAGUCAACAAGUGGAUUUUUCGGCUUUCUGAAGGCCAAGCCCGACUCGAAGCCUCCUGUCCAGCCUCAACAGCAGGCUCAACCAGGAGCUAAAGUCCAAUUUAUACCAUAUAAUCCGGCACAUGCUCAGUUCCUGCAGGGCCCAUACUUGUCUUAUGGCAUACGGAUGGCCGUUGGCCCAGAUGGGCGUCCUGUUGUCGGUCCUGAUGGUCGCCCAUUGUUUAUUGGUCCCGACGGGCGUCCUGUCAUACUGCAAAGCCAACCGGUCUUCCCGGGGCAGGGGCCGUUCCCUCCUCAAACACGGCUCGGCCCUCCUGGAAUUGCCGGAAAUCCUGGUGCACCUGGUUCGGCUCCAUCACCAGGUCCUGCGGCUCUGAUGUCUGGUGCUGGUGAGAGCCACCAGCAGUCUGGUCCUCAAAGCCAACAACAGCCCACUCUCCCUGAGGCUCAACAAAUAACUGUCCAACCUGUACAACAAUCUCCGGCACCAACGCAGCGAUCCCAGUUUACAAGCCAACCUCAAACUGUGAACAAACCUGCUUUGGCCCAGGAGCAGGAUAGCGCGGCCGCAGCUGAGCCAGCACAGCUUCAGCAAUCAUCGAAACAGGACGGUUCGAAAGUGCCUAAUCCAAGUCCAUCUAUCAGCAGUUCUGCAGUUGAUUCGCCCGUCUCACAGCUUUCGCAGCCCGCAGUCCAGCUUAUCAUGGAUCAAUCUCGUCUUCUAAAUGAGGGGCCGGAAAGCGUCAGGCAACCAUUCAACCUCCCGCCGCCUGAAAAUGCUCAGGGCCAGCCGCAGACCUCGAGUGCCCCAACUGCUUCAAGUGCCCCAAGUGCCCCGAGCGGCACUACGACGACGGACGCUGGCCAGAAGCCAACCCGCUCGCCUUCAAUAUCUGUUGAUGAGCCGGUGGCCUCUUUUGUUUCGCAGUUUGCCACUGAAAACCGUUCUACCCCAGUUGGCAUUCCCGGCGAACUGAUCGAGCAGGGUCGAAGUGCGCUGGCGAGUCUUCGCCCAAGGAACACGGUGCCAGGGCAAUCUUCAAUGCCACCAUCCAAUGCAGCUUCUACACCGGGAGCACAGGCUGGCGAGCCAGCUCUAGGGACACAACCAGUUCCUCCCGCUCAACACUCUACUCAGCCCGGUUCACAACAUCCUGUUGGUCCGCAGGGUCCUCAGUUGGCUACCAGCCAGUCAUACUUCGACGGUCAAGGACGACAAUGGACGACCAGGCCUGGCCAACUCCCUCCCCCUCAGCCCCCGCAACAGCAAUCUGGUCCUGGCGGGAUACACUCCAAUAGCUUUCCUACCAAUGCACAACAGUCGAAGGAGAAGGAACAAAGUACGCUUUCAAAGUUGUUCAAGGGCACAAAGGUUUCGAACUUGGUAACAUCGUCACCACUCAAAAUGGAGAAGGACAAGAGCUCUAUGCCAUCGUUGUUAGCAGCCUUCAAGCGCGGCCACAGAGAAGAGAAGUACCAAACAGCAACAGUCCCAGCCCAACCAACUCCAGGCCAACAACCAACGAUGCAGAAUAUCUCCUCUGCCACCCAAAGCGCCCAAGCUGCCCAGCGACAGCCGACACAGCAACAACCACAACAAUCGGCAACGGCUUCGUUCCCUCAACAUGAUCGUGCAGUUGCAGUUCAGUUUGCUCCUUCGGUACAAGGAUCAGGCCCGUCACAACCCGCUCGACCCCAGCAACAAUCCCAAAAGCAGCCGCCCAAGGGUGCCCCGAUUCAGGAACCUCAAUACGCCCCCGUCCCAAUCCCAGCUGGUUACGGGUUUGUGCAUGGGGAAGGUCGUGUUGCUCCGGCCCCGGCUCCUCUUUGGGUUGGACCACCUCAUGGCCCGAUGUACGGCCAGGUUCAAGUUCCCGGACAAGUCCCAAUUGUCCCCGGACAAGUUCCCGUGCCUGUCGCUAUCCCACGUAUUCUCCCACAGCAGCCGAUUCCGGCCAGUGUGGCUACUGCCCAGCCCGCUGUUUCCAAUCCUGCAUAUGUUCAGCCAACAAUCGCUCAGCCAACUCCUGGAUCGCAAGCCCCGUCAAUUGCCCCAUCGCAUACACCAUCUCAAGCAAGCGGCCAAGUACCACUCACCGCGACACCAGGUCCCCAGUCCGUUCCUGUCCAACAGCCGACUUCCGAGCCGGCGACAGCUCAAGUGUCGAUGCCGCCAGCCCAGCCGUUCGUAUCCACGGCCACCGUACCCACAACAGCGGUCUCUUCAGUUUCGGUCGUACCUGUUCCGGUUACGUCAGCUGCUCUUGUAUCAGCCUCUCAAAUCUCUCCUCCAGGUUCGCUUGCUCCCACUCCGCAGCCACCAGCGGCUAGCAUUUCUCCUCCUCCGCCAGAAGAAACGCUGUCGCAACCCGAGACUGCGCAGUCAAGCACGCUCCCUAAAGAUACUUCCUUCAAGCAGGAGACAGACCUGCCGCCACAGCAACCUCCUGCCCGACAGGCCCUGUCAUCUAAUAGUCUACCAAAUCCUAACACUGAUGCCCAAUCUGCAAGCCGAAGUCAACCUGUACGGAAGGUUAGUGGGGAUGACAUCUCGUCGCUGCCUUCGCAGCAUGCAGCACGGACGAAAGAGCAGGAGACAUUUCCUAGUUCAUAUAUUACCAACUAUUAUGCUACCCGUCACCAUACGGCAUCUCCCACUUCUCCUCACGAACGAACCGUCAGCCCUCCUCCUGCCGAGCCAAAGUCUCCUCACUCUCCGACGAACCAGGAUCAGUUGACGACUUCAACCCAACGUGUGGCCGCUGACAACAUCUAUGAUGCUACCCCACGCCAGUCGCGUCCUCCUCCUACCCAGCUGCAGCAACCAUCACAGCGACAGCAGCCCCAGACAGAUACUCCGAGUUUCAUCAUUGUGAAUGACCCUGAAGCGCCUGCUCAGCCAAGCGUUCGUGCAUUUCAGCAAGAACUGCAACCGGCUCCUCCUGCGAAUUACUUCGUUAUCUCAGGAGAAACCAUUGUCAAUGCGCCGCCUGUGACUGCUCCAAGUAGCACCACGACCUCUCAGUCUACCCCUGCUUCUGCCCCGGCUCCGGCUAUGGUUCCCCCUCAAUCAGGCCUUCUUAAUAGCCACGCCGCCACGACCGCGAAUAACCAUACUUCUUCCUCUGAGAAUGAACGAUCCUUCGAUUCCGACAUGUCCGACGAGUCCCCCGUCAUCCAAUCGGCCACCAUCGCCACAGUGCAACAAGCCAGCCCAACCGAAGCCGGCACAACCAGCAGCAACAACCCGCAGUCGCCGCCGCCCAUCACGAUUCAGCCGGCGGCCGUGUUGGCCAAGAACGACGUGGCGAUAUUCGAGAGAGCCAAGAAGAAGGCGGAGGAGCAGCGCGAGAUGGAAAUGCGCAUGGUGUUGGAGGAGAAGAUCCCCGUACUGGCGGAAAUCGAGGACGAGCAGAGCAAGAACAAGAAGGAUCUGGACGAUAUUCCCGUCAUGAGCGCGACGAGUUAUCCAGGACAGGAGUGGAACCCUUACGGAGAGGGUGGCUUUGAGGAUUGGAAUGAUUAA